CGAUCGCCUUGUCUCGCUCACAGCAACGCGCCUUCUCGCUCACUCCAGCGGCGAGCAGGCGAGAUGAACGCCGUACUGGAGCGCCAACAUGGCGACGGUUUUCGCUCUCGGGCGAAAAUUCGGUUCAUUACAUCCGUGGCGGUGAUCGAAGAGGCGAAGAAGCAGUUUAGUACUAGUAGAAAUCCAUAGUUGAUCUUCCAGUGUGCGAUUCGUGUGAUUGUGCUUUCAGUGGGUGAAUUGUCAGAGUGAUAAACCGCUGAAGUAAACGUGAGGAAAGGAGCACCUGUUUUGGAGCAUUCCGAUCUCGGUUGCUAUCAGAGUAAUCCACCAGUAAAGCCGCCGGAAUUGCAAAAUCUCGGCGUUUGGUCAGUGCGCUCUGCCAAGCCCGGUGUAAUUUUAUCGCUUAUCGAAAGAGAUAAAUUGUACUGUGCGGUUCGAAGAGGGGCACCAGCAGCAGUUAGUGAAUCGUCGUCAGCGGGAAAUAAGAAGGCUAAAAAAAAUAUAAAAUAGAAGCCAUGGCCGCGAACGUGCAGCAAAGUGGUAACCUGCUCGACGUGCUGAAGAAGAAGAUGCGCCAGACGAAGGAGGAGAUGGAAAAGUACAAAGAUGAAUGUGAAGAAUUUCACAAAAAACUCCAGAACGAAGUGAUGAGGCGCGAGGAAGCUGAAUCAGAAGUUGCCGCUCUGAACCGUCGUAUUCAGCUGUUGGAGGAAGAUCUCGAACGUUCGGAAGAACGUUUGGCUUCCGCCACGGCUAAGUUGUCAGAGGCUUCGGCCGCUGCCGACGAGAGCGAACGGAUCCGGAAAGCGCUUGAAAAUCGCACAAAUAUGGAGGACGAUAGGGUAGCGAUAUUGGAGGCGCAGCUAGCUCAAGCCAAGCUAAUAGCAGAGGAAGCGGACAAAAAAUACGAAGAGGUGGCCAGAAAGCUGGUGCUUAUGGAACAGGACCUGGAGCGCUCGGAGGAGAAGGUUGAAAUGAACGAAAGCAAGAUCGUCGAGCUUGAGGAAGAGCUGCGCGUGGUCGGUAACAACCUGAAGUCGCUGGAAGUCUCGGAGGAAAAGGCGACGCAACGAGAGGAAUCGUACGGUGGACAAGUUAGAGUGUUGGAUCAACGUCUUAAGGAGGCUGAAGCCCGUGCUGAGUUCGCUGAACGUUCUGUUCAGAAGUUGCAGAAGGAAGUCGACAGACUCGAAGACGAGAUGACAAUCGAACGUGCCAAGAACAAAAUGCUCCAAGAGGAAAUGGAAGCAACGCUUCACGAUAUUCAGAACAUGUAAGCGGUUGGAGUUUAGAGACAAAUCGAACCCAGCAAUACAAUGUUACAUGGCGCGUCGUAAUAGAAGAAGGGGCAUACGAUGGAUUGGAGUGACACUACGAGAUAGGCGUUCAUUUAUUGUAAAGCUGAGCAUGGAGGAAAAUUAGAAACAAGAAGGAAAUCUGUUAAGCGGCAAUCGUUUGGCAACGAGCAGGACAUUACGAACCAAUAUGCCAAAUUCCACACAACACACAGAAAAUUUUCUGACGCACGCAACGCAACAUUUACAUAUCGCCUUUUAUUGCUACUUCAAUGCGGAAAUUAACAAAUUUCGAGUGAUUACAUACCCCCAGAAUCAGAAGUUUGGACCAAGAGAGCAACAGAGCGAAAUAGAGAGGGAGCGAUCGAGAGAAUGAUAAAAGAUACAAAGGAUUAGUUUGCACCUUGUAAGAGCCGUUUUUUCCGAGGAAUGCCGGUUGUAUUUACUCUCGGGCAUGUAAUGUAGAAGCCUGAGGUGUGUUAGUAAUAAGUUGGGGCCAUUUAAAAGAUGUUUUAAACGAAAAUCAAAAGGCGAAACGCACAUCGUAGCAUAUGCACAAACGUAGAAAAGAUUCACGAUCGGUUCAGUUUUUUUGCUUUAUAUUCGAUUUUUCAUGUGGAAACAAUUGACGAUUUCCGUCGGUUUACGGAAAGGUGUGGGAUGCCUCAGGGAACGAUCGCCUUGAAGUGAACCCCUGUAGUUUUGUUUUCUUCCUCUGAUCAACCGAUUAACUUAGCCUAGUCGUCUAUUUGAAGAUUUUAGUGCGUUUGGUUCUUGUCUUAUUAUCGGAUAGUCCCGCGAGCUAUGGCCUCUGCCAGAUUACCAUUUUAGUAUCGCACUCAACAUUAUCAUGAUGAUGCUUUAGAUCCAUAGAAAAGCGAAUUGAGGAGAGAGAGAGAGAGAGUUUCGUAUGCCAGCGUACACAGAGGAAGCAAAAGACAUUACUGUUAAGGCAAAACCACAAUUUUCAUUCAUUCCAUCGACGUGAAACGCUAAUGGUCGGCGUUGUUGUUGUGCAUUUCUUUCCAUUUCCAGUUGUUGAAGAAGAACUAAGAACAUUCCUUUGCCAUAGCAGCAAACAAUAGAUCACUUUGAUUUGCUCUAUCUGUGACAGUCAACUCAAAAAGCUGUCUGCAUUUAGGCGGUGCGGUUGCGGUAAGCGCAGCAGUAGUACCGUUCCGUUGUUAAGUCCUUAUCCCAUUCCAUUCGAGAUUGUAACGUUGAACAUUUCCGGCGAGUUGUUGCUAUUGCGUUAACGCAUCCUCGGAGAUUGUAGACACAAGCGCGUGCGUGUUUCUUGUCUUUAGCAUUCCAUCUAAUGUGUUAACGUGCAAAAGGAUGCGUUCGGAGCGCAGCUUCCGCGUUCCGCCCAAAGACUCCUUUCAAAUGUCUUUUUUUUACUUCUACGCCCAUCUAGCUUUCAUUUUAGCCUUUACAAAACAAUUCGCAAACGAUUCGGUCAAUUCAUCGCUAUCCUUCUCGUCCUCCUCCUCCACCUCCUUCCCCUGUCGGACAACAAAGCACAGACAGGCGGCGUGCCGAAGGAAAACUCGAUGCAUAGACUGUUUGUCGGCGUGUUAUGCACUGUUACGAUGUAGCCCACGGUUUUUCCCGUCAAAGCGAAUGGGGACAGGAAUAGAGUAGCUAGGACAAGAUAUUCAUUAGCCAGGACCGUUAGUAGAACAUACGUACUAUAGGACAAACAGUAGGCGGAAAUUUUUGCGCAGACAAGAUGUCAAGGAAGAAAAGGAUAAAACAAAAUAUUGCAGCAAAUCUUCUCGGUCCGAUCAGCUAAGCCAGAGCUAUCAUUUCAAAACCCGUGCCUUUAUAUUGGUGUUUUUCAUUUUUCAUAUCAGUUUGUCUAGUUUGUACUAAUUGCAUACGGCAAAGCACAAUUGAAGGAAUGUAAAGAGAGUAGCAAGAAACGGGCCAGGAGAAGCCCAACCGCGAACACACAUAAAAACUCAUAUUUACUCGUCCAAACUGCACACACACAUACACAUCUACAUCCACACACGUCCACGAGUUUCACAGAAAACACACAUACACACGAACAUGAACAGUGUCGUGACGCGAACCGCGAAAGAAGGAUGGCCUCUUUAAUGUAUUUGAGUGUUUAUAAUAUAUUAUUUUAUCCUAAAUCCUGAA